AUGAUAUUUGAUCAACACCAACACGCUGUUGCUCGCCGUGGUCCUGGUCACGAUGCGGAACAACCGCCGGGAGGGGGACGCUCGCCGCCGGCCUGGGACCGUCCAUCCAACGCUGGUGCUGCUUCUCCUUGCGUGGUUCCCGCUCAUCGUUCGCGGCAUAUUCGGAAUCCUGCAGGCUUGCGUGUGGAGCACCAAACAACGUGCGACGCUGAUCACCGCACAGCGAGCAAUUAUGACGCGGGAGGUUUUACGCCCCGAUUCACGGCGAUUGAAUAUGUUCUGGGAGUGUUCACGGAAUGGCUAGCCUGCGUGCUGCUCAAUGUGACGUAUUACACUUCCAAGAACGAUCCUCUCAAGCCCAACAUGGAUGGCGAGAGGGAGAGAGAGUGGAUCGGCCUGAAGGCAGGAAGUGCAUAGAUCUUGGCCCGCUUCCCGCUCUCCUAACUCGUAUGGUCAUGCAUACGUUGUGCUGAUCGUCCACAAAUGCUCCUCGUCUCAUACUCCCUUAAUUUUCAUGUCACAACUUAUUAUGACUUUCGUAAGCAUCCUGAGAGCA